AUGGAAGAUGGAGAUUGGGUUCUGGUGCGCGCUCCCUCACAUAAACACUUGUGGAAACCAUCUUUACCAAAUGCCGAUCAACCUUCAAGCCCAUUGAAGGUUACUUUUUCUACCCCUGCUAAGUACUGGACCGACGCAAUCCCAAUCGGUAAUGGCCGACUUGGUGCCAUGGUCUCGGGUGGUGUUCAAACUGAUGUUCUACACCUCAAUGAGGACACGCUAUGGACUGGAGUACCUGGCAACUACACCGACAAAAAUGCUCCUGAGGUGCUGGCGGAAGUUCGAAAACUUGUUGAUGACCGUAAAUAUCCCGAAGCUACAACAGCAGCUGAGAAAUUGUCAGGAAUUCCUUCUGAAGUAUACCAACUCCUUGGCGAUAUUAAAUUAGAGUUCGAUGAUGCUCAUCUUAAAUAUUCGGAGGAGUCUUAUCGCAGGGAGCUGGAUUUGGAUACUGCAACAGCAAAAAUAAAAUACAAUGUCGGUGAUGUAGAAUUUACCAGAGAGCAUUUUUCUUCUCAUCCUGACCAAGUGCUAGUUGCAAAGUUUUCCACUAGCAAGUCAGGGUCAUUAUCGUUUACAGUAUCUUUGGAUAGCAAAUUACAUCACAAUUCACGGUUAAACAGCCAAAAUCAGAUAAUAUUGGAAGGAAGUUGUCCUGUCAAAAGGAUCGCGCCACACCUCAAUCCCAAUGGCGAACCAAAGGGAAUUCAGUUUUGUGCAGUUCUUGAUCUGCAGAUUAGUAAUGGCAAAGGAAUUAUACAUGCUUUGGAUGAUAAGAAGCUUAGAGUUGAAGGUGCAGACUGGGCUAUUUUACUUCUGACAGCUUCCUCUACUUUUGAUGGUCCAUUUAUUAAUCCUAAAGACUCUAAGAAGGAUCCUACUUCCGAGUCCUUGAGUCAAAUGAAGUCUGUGAAAAGCUUUUCAUAUGAUAAUAUAUAUGCACGUCAUUUGGAUGAUUAUCAGCAUCUAUUUCAUCGGGUCACGUUGCAACUCUCUAAAAGUUCCAAGACUAAUAUCUCUCAAUUGGGAGGUGAUGAUACUGUUCCAACUUCAUCAAGAGUCGAAUCAUUUCGAAAUGAUGAAGAUCCUUCCUUUGUGGAGCUUUUGUUUCAAUAUGGUCGAUAUCUACUAAUUGCUUGUUCACGUCCUGGAACUCAGGUGGCAAACCUACAGGGUAUUUGGAACAAAGAUCUUUCACCUGCAUGGGAUGGGGCUCAGCACUUGAACAUAAAUCUUCAAAUGAAUUAUUGGCCAUCCCUUUCUUGCAACCUACGUGAGUGUCAAGAGCCAUUAUUUGAUUACAUUUCCUCUAUGUCAGUCAAUGGUAGUAAAACCGCAAAGGUGAACUAUGAAGCAAAUGGUUGGGUUGCACAUCAGGUUUCUGACUUAUGGGUUAAAACAUCCCCAGAUCGAGGUAUGGCUGUUUGGGCUUUAUGGCCAAUGGGUGGAGCUUGGUUGGCUACCCAUCUAUGGGAGCAUUACACUUAUACAAUGGACAAAGAAUUUCUAAAAAAUAAAGCAUAUCCUUUGUUGGAAGGAUGUACAUCAUUUUUGUUGGAUUGGUUGAUUGAAGGCCCUGGUGGACUAUUGGAAACUAACCCAUCAACUUCACCAGAGCACAUGUUCAUUGCACCAGAUCAAAAGCAAGCUAGUGUGAGCUACUCAUCAACCAUGGACAUUUCAAUCAUAAAAGAAGUUUUCUCUAUAGUUGUUUCUGCCGCUGAGGUUUUGGGAAGACAUGAUGAUGCUAUUAUCAAAAGAGUAAUUGCGUCUCAGUCUAAGCUUCCUCCUACAAAAAUAGCUAGGGAUGGAUCCAUUAUGGAAUGGGCUGAAGAUUUCCAGGACCCAGAGCCAAAUCAUCGACAUGUUUCACAUUUGUUUGGCUUGUUUCCUGGGCACACAAUAGAUCUUGAAAAAACUCCAGAUCUCUGUAAAGCUGUUGAUAAUAGUCUAAUUAAAAGAGGAGAGGAUGGUCCCGGAUGGUCAACAACUUGGAAAGCUGCAUUGUGGGCUCACCUUCACAACGGUGAGCAUGCAUAUCGCAUGAUAAAACACUUGAUUAUCUUGGUGGACCCUGAGCAUGAGGCAAAUUACGAAGGAGGACUUUACAGUAACCUGUUCACAGCACAUCCUCCAUUCCAAAUUGAUGCAAACUUCGGUUUUUCAUCAGCAAUUGCAGAAAUGCUUGUUCAAAGCACAACAAAAGACCUCUACUUACUUCCCGCGUUGCCUCGUGAUAAAUGGGCAAGUGGUUGUGUGAAAGGAUUAAAAGCUCGUGGCGGGGUGACUGUUAACAUCUGUUGGAAAGAAGGAAAUCUGCAUGAAUUUGGGCUUUGGUCACAAAACCAAAAUUCCAAAAUGAGACUACAUUAUAGAGAGAGCAUGGUGGUGGCAAAUUUAUCACCAGGCAGAGUUUACUCGUAUAAUAAUUGCUUGAAGUGUGUUAAGACCUACUCCCUUGACGAAGUUAAUCUUUGA